AUGGCAAUCGGGACGUUCAUGGCGAGCAUGGACCAAACCAUUGUCAUAGCAUCCGCUGCGAAGAUUGGGGAUGAGCUACAUGCCCUCGAAAGCACAUCCUGGGUGUCGACCUCGUACAUGCUCUCCCUCGCCUCGUUCCAACCCAUGUAUGGUAAACUUAGCGACAUAUUCGGGAGAAAGCCAUGUCUACUUUCCGCCUAUGUCAUCUUCGCCCUUGGCUGUAUCGCAUGUGGCAACGCGCGGACCAUGGGAGAGCUUAUCGCUGCGCGACUGUUGGCUGGUGUAGGAGGCGGCGGGAUGUCGACAAUUGUAUCAAUCACCAUGUCGGACGUCAUUGACUUGCGCUCAAGGGGUACUUGGCAAGGGAUCAUCAAUAUCGUAUGGGCCACGGGAUCAGCUGUAGGAGCGCCUCUUGGAGGAUUCUUCGCCGACAGUAUCGGCUGGAGAUGGUCAUUCUUGCUGCAAGCGCCUCUAGCAAUGGUGCCCUUCUUCGCCGUUCUCAAGAUUCUGCACGUCCCGCCGACACCCGGCUCGCAUGCACCCUUUCAAGCCAAGAUCCAGCGCAUCGACUUCGCCGGAUCUGGAUGCCUCGUACUGGCUCUCGCAAGUCUUCUCACGGCCCUCGACCGCGGCGGCAACAUCGGAUGGGGUAACUCGUUUACCCUCAUCGCGCUCGCAUGCGCAAUCGCAAUGGGAACCGUGUUCAUAGUCGUAGAACGAUCAUUCGCGCGCGAACCGGUAGCACCACCCCGCAUCCUCUCCAACCCAGCACUCCUCGCGCCGUACAUCUGCAACCUCACGUCUUUAGGAUGCAGUGUCGCAACAGUCUUCUACGUCGCGCUGUACGCCCAAGCCGUACGCGGGCGUACCGCUGCGCAAGCUGGUGCUACGCUGCUACCGAGUAUAGUGGCGAGCGUGAUGGGGAGUUUGCUCGGCGGCACUGUUAUACAGAGGACGGGCCGGUUCACCAGACUUACCACGGGGAUGUAUGUCGUGAUGAUGGGAGGGAGUACGAUGAUUGCGUUUGCGACGGGUGCGGCGGGGUGGCACUCAGAUCUUGCGUUAGGCGUUGGGCUGUUCAUGAUGUCGAUUGGUAACGGUUGCGGGUUGACUACGACACUUGUAUCCCUCAUUGGUCAAGCGGGUCCCACGGACCAGGCUGUCGCUACAGCUGUGUCCUACCUAUUCCGGUCGUUAGGAAGCGUUCUGUGCCUCUCAGUAGGCAGUACGAUAUUCCAAGCCUCGCUCAGGCGCAGACUUCACUCGACCCUGGAGGGCGCAGAUGUCGACGAGAUCGUGCGCCGUGUUCGCGAGGCGCUAAGCUACAUGGAAGAGCUCGAGCCGCACACCCGCGAAGCGGUACGCGGAGCUUACGAGCACUCGUUGCAAAGAACGUUCGACUUCUGCAUCUUCCUCUCCGCAACGGCGUUCCUCUGCUCGGUCUGGGUUCGCGAGAAGCCGACGGCUUGA